AGGGGGCAAUAGAGGAAUCAUAGGUGAUUAAAAAGUACACAAAUACAAGCAUAUACGUUCCUCUUCUAAUAUCUACAGAUUACAAAGACUUUUGCCUUUGGAUUUGGCCCUUUGCUUCUUUGAUUAUUUCCAUUUCCCUUGUUUACGCAAUCAGCAGCAGCUCCGCCACCCUUCCAUAAAAAUGGAGCCUUUUUUCCACUAAAAAAUUAGCAUAAAUUCAGAAAAAAAAGGGGGUGGUAGAUGCAUGACUCAUGAGAGCCACUACCAACUUCUCAUAAACAAAACACUCCUCUUUUCUUUCUCCCUUCACUCUUCUCUUCAAGCACCAUCUUCCUUUCGUCCCUUCACAACAACACAGUUUAUAUAUAUCCAUAUAUUCUUUUCACCAGAUUUUAGUGUCAACUUUACAAAACCUGUCUUUUUCUCUCGGUUUCUACGCUGACUCCAUCAUCACCUUGUUUAUUCUUUUAUUUUUUUUCUCUGUCUCAGACAUAGGGAUAAAUGCAAAGGGAUGCCAAUUAAACCAUUGUUUUCUGGUUAAAGCAUUUCCCGACAUGGUGAGCUUACGCAGACGCAAGCUCCUGGGACUCUGCUCUGGGAGGAGUUCCUUUUUUACUCCAUUUCCUAGAGCUUUUGAUAAUGGAAAUAUACCUGAAAAUUCUAGUCAUAAUGCGAAAUCAGUCAGUCUGCAUCCCUUGCCCUCAGAUUUCAUCAAUCACGUGCAUGGGAAAAGCAUUGCUAAGGUCGACUUUGCAUCACCAAAUGUUUCUGGCUCUGGUUCAUCAAAAGAGCAUCAUAGUCAACCUUUUCCAGGGCAACCAAUCAAACACAGAAAGCGACACAGGAGGAAGCAUCUUCAAAACCAAGAACAAUGUCUGAUGAGGGGUGUAUACUUCAAAAAUAUGAAAUGGCAGGCAGCAAUAAAAGUUGACAAGAAACAGAUUCACUUAGGAACAGUGGGUUCGCAAGAAGAAGCUGCCCGUUUAUAUGACAGAGCUGCAUUCAUGUGUGGAAGGGAGCCGAACAUUGACCUUCCCGAGGAGGAAAAGCAAGAGCUUAGGAAAUUCAAGUGGGACGAGUUUUUGGCAUAUACUCGACGUUCAAUUACCAAUAAAAAAUACAAGCGAAGGCUCGAGGUUGAAGCACAGAAGAGGCCUGUGUCCGCAACAGCGAACGAUGAGUGGGACACCAAACAAGUUGUCAAGAAUAGCUUCUCAGCUUCAGAAGAUAUGGGACCAGACUCUUCAGCCUCAUGAAAAACAAAGGUGUUUAGAGUGAGGCUGAAUAAUCUGGUUCGAAUAAUUAAAUUCUAGUUGUGGGGUCUCCAUUUUUUGUGUGUACGAAGGGCCCCUACUGGAGCCAGCCAAGUAAUGAUAUUUUGAUCUCGUUAUCUUCUGGUAAUAAUAUAUAAUCUACAGUGUUUUAA